UCGAAGGAGGUGGGAUUUCCUCUCCUCCUCCUCAACAUCAUCUCGCCUCUUCCUCGGGAUGUAUCGGCGUGCUGUGCACCUGUCUUAUGUGCCUUUUGGUUGUGCAGAAAUGCCUCUUUUGCCCCGUUGGUGGGUGUGAUCGUGCCCUCCGGUCCCUCAGAGGCCUGCAGACGCUUUCAUUCACACAGCGGUAGAGGAUGUGUUGAUCUUUUUUUUUUUUUUUUUUUGACGAGGUGCAGCAGUGAGACAGCAUCUUUGCCGGUGACACAUCAUUUUCAGUGGAGAAGCCCCACAGGGACACAAUGUCAGACAAAAGUGACCUAAAAGCCGAGCUUGAGCGCAAGAAACAGCGCCUCGCCCAGAUCAGGGAAGAAAAAAAAAGAAAGGAGGAGGAGAGGAAGAAGAAAGAGGUAAGGAAAAAACAGACGGAGAUCCAGCAGAAGACAGAGGCCACCCCAGAAGACUCAGAUUUAGACCGCAAGCGCAGGGAGACUGAAGCCCUGCUCCAGAGUAUCGGCAUUUCACCAGAGCCUCCUUUAGUCCCGACCCCCGUGUCCCCAUCCAAAUCAGUGAGCACGCCCAGUGAGACUGGCAGCCAGGACUCCACUGAUGGAGGAGCGGCAGGCAGGUUUAGGACACUGCAGUGGGACACAGACCCCUCUGUGCUGCAGCUGCAGGCUGAUUCUGAGCUCGGGCGCCGGAUGCAGAGACUGGGGGCCUCUAAGAUCACACAGGUGGACUUCCUUCCUAAGGAGGUGGUCUCUUACAGCAAGGAGACCCAGACGCCGCACACCGCCCACCUGUCUGAAGUAGAGGAGGAAGAGGAGGAUGAAGAGAUGAUGGAGGCGAAGCCGGGCCCCGAGUCGGAGCAGCAGGAUGAAGACGAGAACAGGGAAAACAAAGACGGCUCGUUCCCGGUGCUGCGGGAGCUGACUGAGGAGGAGAGGCAGCAGAUCCUUCACUCCUCGGAGUUUCAGAGUUUCUUCGACUGCAGCAUCCGGGUGAUGGAGAGAGCUCUGGCUGAAGAUGGAGACAUCUUCUUCGACUACAGCGGCCGAGACCUCGAGGACAAAGAGGGGGACUCUGGCAGCGGCUCCAGCCUGUCCUUCAGCAGACUCUUCUACGACGAGCACUGGUCAAAGCACCGCGUCAUCACCUGUCUGGACUGGUCUCCUCAGUAUCCCGAAUUGCUCGUCGCUUCCUACAACAACAACGAAGACGCCCCCCACGAGCCGGACGGCGUCGCCCUCGUGUGGAACAUCAAGUUUAAGAAAGCCACGCCAGAGUACAUCUUCCACUGUCAGUCGCCGGUGGUGUCGGUGGGCUUCGCCAGAUUUCACCCCAAUCUGGUGGUAGGAGGGACGUACUCAGGACAGAUCGUCCUGUGGGACAACCGCAGCCACCGCCGGACCCCCGUCCAGAGAACCCCCUUGUCUGCCGCUGCACACACUCACCCGGUGUACUGCGUGAACGUGGUCGGCACCCAGAACGCCAACAACCUGAUCACGGUGUCCACAGACGGCAGGAUGUGCUCCUGGAGUCUGGACAUGCUGUCCCAGCCGCAGGAGACCAUGGAGCUGGUGUACAACAAGUCCAAACCCGUGGCGGUGACGGGCAUGGCGUUCCCCACGGGAGACGUCAACAACUACGUGGUCGGCAGCGAGGAGGGCACGGUGUACACGGCGUCCAGACACGGCAGCAAGGCGGGGAUCUGCGAGAUGUUCGAGGGCCACCAGGGGCCCGUGACGGGCAUCAGCUGCCACAGCGCCGUGGGCACCGUCGACUUCUCCCACCUCUUCAUCACGUCCUCCUUCGACUGGACCGUCAAACUCUGGAGCACCAAGCACAACAAGCCUCUGUACUCCUUUGAGGACAACGCCGACUACGUGUACGACGUCAUGUGGUCGCCCGUGCACCCCGCCAUCUUUGCCGCCGUGGACGGCAUGGGCCGCCUGGACCUGUGGAACCUCAACAACGACACCGAGGUGCCGACCGCCAGCGUGACCAUUGAGGGCGCCUCGGCCCUGAACAGGGUCCGCUGGUCCUCUGGGGGGAAGGAGGUGGCCGUGGGCGACUCGGAGGGCCGGGUCUGGAUCUACGACACCGGAGAGCUCUCAGUUGCCCACACUGACGACUGGGCACGCUUCGCUCGCACCUUGGUGGAGAUCCGUGCAAACCGGGCAGACGGGGAGGAGGAGGGGCCUAUGGAGCUGGCUUCAUAGAAAGAAGAAGAAAAAAAAAAAGGACUCCCGGACCAAAGCGGAGGGACUCGGAAAGCUUCUAUCGGUGUCACUGUAGCAUGUGCUUCUCACUCACUUUUCUUUCUCCACCGUACGAGUUUCAUGUCCGAUCGGUUGCGUUUCUUCGCGUUUUCCUCUCCUGGAGACGCAGACCGUUGAAUUGUGUUGAGUGGAUUUCUGACUUCUGCUGACUCGUCCGUCCGUCCUUAUUUAUAUGUUUGAUGACUUCAGGUGACGUGUCGCUUGCAACUUGUGAGCCUACAGUGUAUAAAGAGUGGCAGUCUUAUAGCCUUACGAAGAUAUGUGUACUGUAACGAUGCUUUGCACUACUGUAACGAUAAAGCAGGGUCAGUGGACUUUUCAUGUAUUGUUUACAG